AUGCAUGCGCCAAGCCACGCGAUCCCCAGUCCGCUUUGCGGUCUAAUUUAUUUUGCUCUGGAGCUUGAUCUUCAACUGUACCAAUAUCAAUAG